CUUCAUCACCAAAGACAGCAACACUACCAUACCAUCGCUUUUCAACAAAAGAGGAAAUCUCCAUUUGACCUAAAUUCAAUUUCUCCACAGCCUGAAGAAGCUUCAAUCAUCUCCACAUUCCAUUUUCCAUGGCAAAUGCCUGGAAAAAAGAUAAACCCUCUCGACUACUCUCUCCGAAGUUACUCAUUUUACUCUUUUCUUCCACUCUCCUCUUACUAUUCCUAUUCUUCGCAUUCCUUACCCCUCAUCCCUCAAAUCCUAACCCUAAUUUCCUCACUCUCAAUACCCACCUCUUCUCAAAUUCAAUUUCCCCUUUCGAUUGCAUCAAAUCACCUCAAGCCCACCCCAUCGUCGAAGGCGUUCGUUACCCGUUUCUAUUUUCGCUUUCCGAUUUCGGAAAUCUACCUGAUAAGCCACACAAGAACAUCGUGAGAUUGCUCAAAGGGAAGCCUUUUCGAAAACCUGAUAUAUCGGUGACUAUUCAUGAGGUUCUUGAGAAGGCUAAAAGUGAGGGAACAAAUGGGUUUGUUGUAGAUGUUGAUGCUAAUGUUGGUAUGGUGAGUUUUGCUGCUGCUGCUAUGGGGUUCCGUGUUUUGGCGUUUGAGCCUAUUUUUGAGAAUUUGCAGAAGAUUUGUGAAGGAAUUUACUUUAAUAGAGUUGGGGAUGUUGGUGCUAAUGUUGGUAGUGUUGUUGUUGUUGGUGAUGAAGUGAAAGUUGAGGUGUCUGAAAUUGCAAGGGAGAAGAAAGUGGAUCAAGUUGAGAGCUUUGUUGAUGAAACUGUUGAGCGCAAUGUUGAGGGGGGAGAUGGAGGCCAUGUUGAUCGUGUUGUUAAGGAGGAAGAAAUCCAUAAUGAUUUUAGGGUUCAUGAGUGAAUGUUUUUGAUUUUGAUUUGUUUAGGGUUUAUGAUUUUA